AUGCCCACCGUUCUCCAUGAAACAUCAUUCGACGAUCUGAAAGACUUGAUAGGCGAUGUCAUCAAGGCUCUUCCAUAUGAUCGUGACAUCAUCUCCCCCAAGAUCCACAUGGGACAGUCUCUCGAUACCAAAGACAGAUGGAUCAUACCUGAUAUGACUAUAUCCGUCACCGCUUUGGAGGGACCCACAGAAGUUGUCCUGAUCCCCUUCUAUGGGGAGUGCUCUCUCACGGAGACGGAUGAGCAUGUAUUUGAAAAGGUGGAAGAUGUGAUAGCAAUGCAUCCGGACCUCAUCUGUGUGGUUGUGGUGUUAGUACGCGAAGCUACGAAGUAUGCCGCUCUGGUUGCAGGUUCCACCGCGUCAAACGCCUUGUACAAUGAAACUGACAAUGAACCACAACCCCUCUCUCUUAAAUCCUUCAUCAAUCUUCGCACCACGCCACGUUCAUUCGGUGAGCCCAUCAUGGUCGCGGGCCACACUUGGUGCCACGUUGCUUCAGUCGAAUACUUUGUAUGGGUCAGAAAAGAUGAGACUCCGAUAGAUAUCCGUUCCAAUGAUCCUGCGGACAUGGUGUACGGUAUUUUGGUACCUAUGAUUGACAUGAACGCCGUCACACAGAUGCUUGAACGAGGCUUGACCAAGAUCAAGGAGUCAUUUCUCACUUUUCAGGAGCAGAUCGAACCUGAUCUCGACUUCACCACUCUUGCAGAAGCACGUAUCAUAACCUUAUCUGACUGGAACUGGAAGUCAGCCUCAAAGUGUCUCAAUUCUGCUUCAGACACCACCGCCCACAAACACUAUCUCAAGUGGUACAAGGCGCUUUUUGUGACUGAGGAGGGUGACAAUGCUUCUUACGUCGAUUUGCAGGAGGUAUAUGAGGGAAAUCAAGUGAUUGCUGAGGGCUCAGAGCGUAAGCAUGCUCUCCCGUCAUCCAAGCUUCCCACUUCUAGGUUUAAAAUUCCAAAGUUGGCUUAG